GGUGAAGAAAGCGAUUGUCGGUGACGUCAUAUCCACAUGUGCGUUUCUCCCGCUUCCGUCACUUUGGACAUUGUUGGAAGGAAAUCUGUUGGUAUAAUAUAAGAGAAAAGGUGAUUGAAAGAAACAAGAGCUGCUGUUAAGAUGCCAUCUGAUGCAAAGAAAAAACGUGAGCAAAAGAAGAAAGAAGCUGCCAAGAAUAAAGGAAAGAAAAGGCCAGAAGAUGCCCAGCAGAACGGACAAAACGGUGACACAGAAAAUGGUGUCAGCAACGGCGUUGACAUAAAAAAAGAGCUCAAUGAUAUGGCCAAAGAACUAGAGGACAUAGAUAUCAAGGCUCAGUAUCGCUCUGUAACGGGAGUACUCCAGUCACAUCCAGACAGCAGGGAUGUUCAUCUUGGCAAUGUCACCUUGACCUUCCAUGGAGCCGAACUUCUCACUGACACCAAAAUUGAGCUAAACGUUGGACGCAGAUACGGGCUCAUUGGUUUCAAUGGCUGUGGUAAAUCCUCGCUGUUGUGUGCUCUGGAGUGUAGAGAACUUCCUAUACCAAACCACAUUGACAUUUACCACCUGCGGCGAGAGAUCGAACCCAGCGAUAAGACAGCGUUACAAUGUGUGAUAGAAGUAGACAAGGAAAAGCUGAUACUGGAGAGAGAGGCAGAAAUUCUGGCCACCAAAGAGGAUCACGAAUCUCAGGAGCGGCUGAUGGAUAUAUAUGACCGUCUAGACGACAUGGAUGCUGACCAGGCCGAGGCCCGGGCGGGCUAUCUUCUUCACGGUCUGGGUUUCACCAAGGAAAUGCAGAACACAGCGGCCAAACACUUCUCCGGUGGAUGGAGGAUGAGGAUAUCGUUGGCCCGGGCACUGUACAUCAAGCCCUCCCUCUUGUUGCUGGAUGAGCCGACAAAUCACCUUGAUCUCGAUGCCUGUGUCUGGCUGGAAGAAGAACUCAAAACAUACAAAAGGAUAUUAAUGAUGAUCUCUCAUUCACAAGAUUUCAUGAAUGGAGUGUGUACAAACAUCAUCCACAUGAUGAACAGAAAGUUGAAGUACUAUGGUGGUAAUUAUGACACAUAUAUACAAACAAGGAUGGAACUGGAAGAAAACCAAAUGAAGAGGUACAAGUGGGAACAGGAUCAAAUCUCACAUAUGAAGAAUUACAUCGCUCGUUUUGGACAUGGUAGUGCAAAGUUGGCUCGACAGGCUCAGAGUAAGGAAAAGACAUUGAAGAAAAUGGUGGACGGCGGCCUCACCGAGAGAGUUGGCAGUGAUAAGACAUUAACCUUUUACUUCCCGGAUUGUGGCAAGUUACCUCCCCCUGUCAUUAUGGUACAACAUGUCAGUUUCCAGUAUGAUGAGUCUAAGCCCUUGAUCUACAAGAAUCUGGAUUUUGGUAUGGAUUUAGAUACUAGAGUGGCGUUAGUGGGUCCCAAUGGAGCUGGCAAAUCAACGCUGCUCAAGUUAAUCGCCGGCGAGUUGAUUCCAUCAGAUGGACUAAUUAGGAGGCAUUCCCAUUUGAAGAUUGGAAGAUACCAUCAGCAUUUACAAGAACAUUUGGACAUGGACAUGACUGCGCUAGAAUGGAUGAUGAAGAGUUUUCCUGAUAUCAAGGAGAGAGAAGAGAUGAGAAAGAUUAUAGGACGAUACGGUCUCACAGGACAACAACAGAUAGUUCCAAUGAAGAACUUGUCAGAUGGACAGAGAUGCCGUGUAAUUUUUGCUUGGUUGGCGUGGCAGAAUCCCCACAUGUUACUGCUGGACGAACCCACCAAUCAUCUGGAUUUAGAAACCAUCGACUCCCUCGCUGAUGCUAUCAAUGCCUUCGAUGGAGGAUUGGUGCUUGUCAGUCACGACUUCAGGCUUAUAUCACAGGUUGUGGAUGAGAUUUGGAUCUGUGAGAAGCAGACGGUGACUAAAUGGGAAGGUGACAUUUUUGAAUACAAGGAAACACUGGCCAAGAAAGUUCGCAAACAGAUAGCCAAACUCAGGGACGGUUGACAACGUGCUUUGUUAGGGUCAUUGUUUUUAAAUUAUUGCAUACCGUUUUAUUUUUUUGAUUUUUUUUUUUUUUUUUUUGAUCAAAAUUACCUUUUAAAAUUGAUUCAUGUCUUUCAAAGCUGUGCUGAACGUGCAAAACAGGGAUAUGGAAGUUCAGGUGUAUAUUCAUUUAGAAUAAUGUGUGACACCAAAUAAGAUGAAAGACGUUGUAUGUGCAGGAGAGAGUGGCAUGAUGGUGUAGUUUUUUCAUGCCUUUUAUAUUCUGUACUUGAGUGUGGAUCACAGCCACGGGUGCGAGCUUUUCCAGUUUUACUUAGCUUUCUUAUUUACCAACCAAUUAGGAGAAGCUUUGAUCAAAAGCAGGCUCCGUACACACCGGUACCUGAUACCGAAUUGUUCUUUUGAGUAUUUAUUUUAAUGAGGUGAUGUAAGUAAUCUUUGGAAAUUUGUUUGUUAAAUAUUAUGGCAACAACUUUAAAGAUCCAGUAAUGCAAAAAAAAAAUUGAAAUAAAAAUUGGAAACUUGUAA